GUUUUAGACUAAGGCAUUUGCGUUGCCAAGCAGCAACUGUCAGCAUAGUCCUUUCCCGAUUUGCCUUAAUAGGUCCUGCGAAAUCAUUCGAGACUGUUGUUCCUUUUAGAAUUUGCUGUUGGCGCAGCAGCAGUACCUAAUUCUCCAUCAUUUAUCUAUGUUUAGAUCAGUUUUCAGCAAAGUGAUACCGGGAAGAUGUUGUCGAGGAGGCUGUUGUUAACAGUGGCAAAAAUUUCGAAGGCUUCAUCGAACGGUUUCGGAACAAGUAGUCGCUUCUGCGCAACUGGUGCGGAAGUGUUGAAAAUUUUGGAAGAUCGUAUACGAGGACAGGAAUCAACGGUUAGCCUAGAAGAAACGGGCAAAGUGCUUUCUAUUGGUGAUGGUAUUGCCCGCGUCUAUGGUCUCAAAAAUAUUCAAGCCGAAGAGAUGGUGGAAUUCGAUUGCGGUAUGAAGGGUAUGGCAUUGAAUCUAGAACCGGAUAAUGUUGGUGUGGUGGUAUUUGGUAAUGACAAGGUUAUUCGGGAAGGUGAUAUUGUGAAGCGUACGGGGGCAAUCGUUGACGUCCCAGUCGGAGAAGCAUUGCUGGGUCGUGUCGUGGAUGCGCUGGGUAAUCCGAUUGAUGGUAAAGGACCAGUAAAAUGCACGGAACGAUCUCGGGUUGGUAUCAAAGCUCCAGGAAUCAUUCCUCGGAUUGGUGUACGUGAACCUAUGCUUACUGGAGUAAAAGCUGUGGAUUCGUUAGUACCGAUUGGGCGUGGACAGCGUGAACUAAUUAUUGGAGAUCGACAAACCGGGAAAACGGCAAUAGCAAUCGAUACAAUAAUAAAUCAGAAGCGAUUCAAUGAAGGUAGCGAUGAGAAGAAAAAGCUUUACUGUAUAUACGUUGCUAUUGGACAGAAACGAUCCACUGUUGCACAGAUCGUAAAACGACUCACCGAUACUGGUGCUAUGAAAUACACAAUUAUUGUUUCGGCCACGGCAUCUGAUGCCGCACCACUGCAAUAUUUAGCACCAUAUUCUGGUUGUGCAAUGGGUGAAUACUUUCGAGAUCAUGGAAAACACGCGUUGAUUAUUUACGACGAUCUUUCAAAACAAGCUGUAGCUUAUCGACAGAUGUCAUUGUUACUCAGACGUCCUCCCGGACGCGAGGCAUAUCCUGGCGACGUCUUCUAUCUUCACUCUCGUUUGUUAGAACGAGCAGCAAAAAUGAACGAUUCUCAUGGAGGUGGCUCACUGACAGCACUGCCAGUUAUUGAAACUCAAGCCGGCGAUGUUUCCGCUUAUAUCCCUACCAAUGUAAUUUCAAUCACAGAUGGACAAAUUUUUCUGGAAACGGAACUAUUUUACAAGGGCAUACGACCGGCAAUCAACGUUGGCUUAUCAGUUUCGCGAGUCGGUUCAGCUGCACAGACAAAGGCGAUGAAGCAGGUAGCUGGUUCAAUGAAACUGGAGCUGGCGCAAUACCGUGAAGUAGCUGCAUUUGCGCAAUUUGGUUCCGAUUUGGAUGCGGCUACGCAACAAUUGUUAAAUCGCGGCGUGCGUUUAACAGAACUCCUCAAGCAGGGACAAUAUGUACCAAUGGCUAUCGAAGAACAGGUAGCCGUAAUUUAUGCCGGUGUUAAGGGACACCUCGAUAAAUUGGAUCCAUCCCGUAUAACUGUUUUUGAGAGAGAGUUUCUGAUUCACAUUCGACAGACGCAGAAAGAAUUGCUGAAGACGAUUCGUGAAGAAGCCCAAAUAACUCCACAAACUGAUGCAAAAUUAAAAGACCUAGCGACUUCGUUUAUAGCUAAUUUCAAACAAUAGAUUGUGGAAUGCUUUGUUGUUUACAUUAUUAUGGACUAAUGAAUCCUUUUUUCGCCUUCAUAGAUUAAUUUAUGUAUAACUAGUAAUCCAUAAUGUUUAGGGAGAAGCAGUUGUUCUAUUUCAAAGUGUUUUGAUAUUAUCUCGCCAACUAUUACAAUGAAAAUAAGUAAUGUGUCUUUGUUUCCGCAGAGAAUACUGCUGUAGAAAUGUGCAAAGUUCCGUGCUA